CAGAAAGCUGAAAGCUAAAAUCAAGGAGUCUACGAAAACGGGUAGUGGCAUGAUAUUUAUAAACCGGAAUGGCCAUUCUACGACAUAAUGGCAAAAUUUUUGGAUGACGUAUAUAAACCAAAAAUGACUAAAACUACAAUAAUGAUAACAGAUGAGAGUGAAGAUGACAGUAAGGAUGAACGUGACGAAUCAAUCCAAAAUUUAGAAAGUAGUGAAGAACAGGACAUUGCAUUCAAAACUCCAAAAAUAAUCCCAAAGAAAAAAAGGAAACUAGAUGAGACUCAAAAUCGUAUGGAUGAAGCAUACACUUAUCUCAAACAAUUAGGCCAAACGUCACGAAAAGAUGUAUCUUCAUUGUAUUGUGAUUUAUUAGCAGAAAAAUUGAGGGGUCUACAGGAUGACACACGAGAAGUAGCCAUGUUAGAAAUAGACAAUUUGGUGUUUAAUCUGAAACGACGAGAAAAAGAACAACAAUUUCAUCAACCAAGUUAUUACUCUGGAGCGACUGCCAUCAUACCUCUGCGACCCUUGAGCCCCUAUCAUUCGCCACAGGAUUCACCAUCGUCUUCAUCGUACUCGCCGGCCUACCAGAGCAAUCCACAUACUCCCUCACAAGCACCAUACAUUCAAACCAUUCCUAAUCCACAACAAUCGCUAAGUAUCCAGUCUCCACAGGGUUCGCCAAGUUUUCCACCUCCAUUUCAUUCCCAACCAUCGUCUGCAUCGCAGUCUCCGGUCUACCAGAGCCCCAAUCCACAUACUCCCUCACAAGCACCAUACAUUCAAACCAUUCCUAAUCCACAACAAUCGCUAAGUAUCCAGUCUCCACAGGGUUCGCCAAGUUUUCCACCUCCAUUCCAUUCCCAACCAUCGUCUGCAUCGCAGUCUCCGGUCUACCAGAGCCCCAAUCCACAUACUCCCUCACAAGCACCAUACAUUCAAACCAUUCCUAAUCCACAACAAUCGCUAAGUAUCCAGUCUCCACAGGGUUCGCCAAGUUUUCCACCUCCAUUCCAUUCCCAACCAUCGUCAGCAUCGCAGUCUCCGGCCUACCAGAGUCCCAAUCCACAUACUCCCUCACAAGCACCAUACACUCAAACCAUACCUAAUCCACAAAAAUCGCCAAGUACCAAUCAGACUUCAGAUAAUAUAUCACUAAAAGAUUUUUAUGAGUCUCAAAAUGUAGAUUUUUCUUGAAAUAAAUAUUAUUAAGAACGUAACAACUUACUUUUAUUUCUUCCCUUAAUUCUUGCAUUAUGGCUUUGCAGACGUCGUCAACGCAUCUUGAGACUGUUUGUAUUGAAACCUUAAAUAAGU